GCAGGGACGCUACAAAUUGGGGUGCCAGGAGCACCAGGGAGCUUCUAGGGACUACUGCUGCAGGAGGUGGUGACUCCCUAGGGGAGGAAAGCAGCAAAGAUGCCUUCAAUGACGGACCAGCAGGCUGAAGCUCGCGCCUUCCUCAGCGAGGAGAUGAUCGCAGAGUUCAAGGCCGCCUUUGACAUGUUUGAUGCGGAUGGCGGCGGGGACAUCAGCACCAAGGAGCUGGGGACGGUGAUGAGGAUGCUGGGCCAGAACCCCACCAAGGAAGAGCUGGAUGCCAUCAUAGAGGAGGUGGAUGAGGAUGGCAGCGGCACCAUUGACUUUGAGGAAUUCUUGGUGAUGAUGGUGCGCCAGAUGAAAGAGGAUGCCAAGGGCAAGUCUGAGGAGGAGCUGGCCAACUGCUUCCGCAUCUUUGACCGGAAUGCGGAUGGGUUCAUUGACAUUGAGGAACUGGGCGAGAUCCUGAGGGCCACCGGGGAGCACGUCACUGAAGAGGACAUAGAGGACCUGAUGAAGGACUCAGACAAGAACAAUGAUGGCCGCAUCGACUUUGAUGAGUUCCUGAAGAUGAUGGAGGGUGUGCAGUAAGGGACCAGUCAUUCCUCGGGCCGGCUGCUGCACCCUGCCCCGCUCCACCACCCCCAAGGGAGCAGCAGUUGCACAGCACCCGGCUGCCCUCCCCAGCUGGGGCCCUGCCCUGGGCCGGGGCCUUGGUCUUGCCCCGCUGCUGGCGGCCCAGCUUCUCCUCCAGCCUCUUGCACGUGGUUUCAGUCUGAGCCUCAAUAAAAGGGGAAAGGCUUGA